AUGUACGAAUGCGAGAGGUUACCGUUUGAUUUACCAGAAGCGGAAGAAGAAUUAAUAGCGGGUUAUCAAACUGAAUAUUCCGGUAUCAAAUUUGGUUUAUUUUACGUUGCUUCUUAUCUAAAUCUAUUAAUUUCCUCAUUAUUUGUAACAGCUCUAUACUUAGGCGAUAAUUACAAUAUGCUUCCUAUGAUAACCGGGUUCAUGAAUUAUGGUCAACAAACCCUACGAGCUGCAAGGUAUAUUGGUCAAGGUUUCAUGAUUACCUUAUCCCACACAAAUCGUUUACCUGUAACUAUUCAAUAUCCCUAUGAAAAAUUAAUAACAUCAGAACGUUUCCGCGGUCGAAUCCAUUUCGAAUUUGAUAAAUGCAUUGCUUGUGAAGUAUGUGUUCGAGUAUGUCCUAUUGAUCUACCUGUUGUUGAUUGGAAAUUGGAAACUAAUAUUCGAAAAAACGAUUGCUUAAUUACAGUAUUGAUUUUGGAAUUUGUAUAUUUUGUGUAUUGUCCAACAAAUUGUUUGUCAAUGACUGAAGAAUAUGAAUUUUCAACUUAUGAUCGUCACGAAUUAAAUUAUAAUCAAAUAGCUUUGGAUUGUUUACCAAUGUCAGUAAUUGACGAUUACACUAUUCGAACAAUUUUGAAUUCACCUGAAACAAAAAAUGGGUAA